AUGCACCCCACGCCGAAAAAGCGCAACUCGAGGGCUGCGCGGCAGCAGCCCCUAGACAGGCAAGGACCUUUUGGGUCUUCCAUUUGUGCACCUUUUAGUAGGAACGACUUCCGCCUCUUAAGUGUACUCCGUGGCGUUACUUCUGUUCUUCAGAGGUGUUCUUGUGCGCGUAUAAACCUAUCCCCACCAAAAUGGGUUGUCUUCCGUGUGCAAGAAGCACAUCCAGGCGUUUUCUUGCCUGGUGAAGUCAGGGGUAUCGGAAAGGCUGAUGCCUUCCUGGGUCUUUGCUUAUGUGUCUGUGCGAGUUCAUUCCAGUCAGGUGUUGCAUCGCGCCUCAUGCCUCUCUUCGGGCGCUGCGUCGUGCAGAAGGUGCAGCCGUCGGCGGUAAGCAAGGGGGGAAUAUACAUUCCCUCUAGCGCAUCCCAGCAGACAGGCUGUCAUAUAGCUAAAGUUGUUGCCGUUGCUCCUCCAAAGCCGUCGGCGAACGCCGCAGUAAGCGAGGAUUGGUCGAAGCUGCAAGUGGGGCAGACGGUGAUGGUGCCGGAGUACGGCGGAAUGAAGCUGCAGCUGGAGGAAGAAGAACUGUUCGUCUUUAGAGGAGAAGAUAUCCUUGCAGUAGUAAAGGACCAGUAA